CUCAUACUGGUGGCUCCUCUGUUCCCAGGGCAUCUCAACCGCACUAUUGCCCUUCUGCAGCCGUGGCAGCACCCACCUCUGAAGCCAUACCUUCUUCUCAUAUGCUAGAGCAAUUUCAGCAGUAUAAGGCUUUCAUGGAAGCUAUUCAGGAAGGAUCUUCCCAAGCUUCUGCCAUGUCCUCUAUUCACUCAGGUUUGCAUGGCUCCAAUGUCACAGGAUCGGGAAUCCAAGAAGCAGAUUGGGACUGGCUGUAGAGUUAGUGACCUCUAUAUCCUGGAAUCCUUGCACCUCCCACUGAAGUCUUCCCCUGUUGCUGCUUCGUCUUUUCGUUUAGACCACACAUCUUCCCCUUUUUAUCUUUGGCAUUCUCGAUUAGGACAUUUGUCUAGUGAUCGUCUUAAGAUUUUAGCUCAAUCAGGUCAUUUGGGUAACCUUUCUAUUGGUGACAUUUCAGAAUGUAGUGGUUGUAAACUUGCCAAGAUGUCUGCAUUACUUUUUAGUAAAAGCGCUUCCAUUUCUU